CGGUUGUUUACGGAAUCAAACGGAAAUGCGAAAGCUCAGCGGAAUUUGUAACGUAAAGUUAUAGCUUUGAAAUUGACUUACUUUUGCUACUAAACUUACUUUGCACUAAACAGAAACUAUAUGUGCUUUAAAUGUGGUAUUUUCCCCCCACAGUCACUUAUCGUAACGUAACGUUAGAGGUCUGAAUCAGUAACGUUAACUCUGUAUCACAACUAGUGCAGCAAGCUAGUUAGCUAACGUUGGCAUUACUCGAAUCUACAGUUUGUUUGUCACUGGGUUUGGUGUGAUGGAAGUAACUAAAUGGUAACUGUUGACCACCCACACACGUUUACAACCUGUUCACCGUUACCCAGACAGAAAACCGAGUUUAGCGACAUUGGCACAUCUAGUUUAGAGAGACUGACGUUAGCUGUGCUCGCCAGCUGCCACUCCUCUACAGUCUCUGAAGUGCCAGCCGGAAGGUGCCUGCUCUCCUGUUUACUGAAAAUAAAGGACUGUUAUCACACACCCUUGGCGAAAUGGCUGAAUCUAUAGUAAAGUUUCAGUCACAGCUUUCUGGUGUCAUGGAGACGGUCUUUAAAGCUGCCAUGUAUGAGAUCACCCGGUUGGUGGAGGACAGUUUUUUGGAAGAGGUGACACGGUGCAGGGAGCAGGUCGAGUCUCUGAAGAGGCGACUGAAAUGGUCGGAGAGUCGCCGUAAAGAGAAAGAGGGAGACAGGAGGGGCAGAUGUACUGACUGCGGACGGGUCGGGCCGUCCGGUGAGGACAGCGCCACAGAUAAAAGUCUUAAACAGGAGAGUGUGCUGCAGGAGAUAAAUGGCUCUCACAGCACCAAUGGAGAGACACCUCGUCAUGACAUGGAAGAGGUAGGACCAGAGGCCCACAGUGCCAUAAAGGCAUCGCAGUCUCAAGGUGUACAGGCUGAAAAACUGGAUAGACUGCUCAAGGAGGAAACCCUGCGGAUCACUCCAAAAACUAAUGACUCCCAAGAGAGAUGGGGAGUCAGUUUGGAUGACACAGAGGUAUCAGGUCUGCCAGGGCCCAGUAAAGGUAGCAGUGACCCGAAGAUCCCAAAGUGCCAAGUGAACUGGGAAGCUGGCUAUGACCAGAGGCGAGAAUCAGGCCAAGAUGGACAUUCAGUUGACCCAUCUGAACCACUUUUCCAGGGCAGGUAUGGUAUAGAAGAUCUGGGAGGUUUUGGCAAGACUGGCUAUGAAGACUCCAAUAUGAUAGAUAUGGGUAACUUGGAUGAGUUACAAGGAUCACCGUCCCACCUGGAUGAGGAUCUGAGUUACAUGGGGCACUAUGAGGGGGAUGUGGAAUCACCAGAAGGAGCCAAUCGUCAAGUUUACCAAUCGGCUGCCACACGGAAUAGAAGGAGCGUGGUCGGUUCACCUACUAACUCGCCCACAAGGACGAACAUUGAUGUCAGUGGAGAGCUCAGCUGUUUAUUGAUCAAUGAAGAAGGGUAUCUACAAGACCCGAGUAUCUUGUACUCUGAACAUGUGUCCAAUGAUUCAGGUGGUAGGUUGAACUUCAGAGGUCAGGGCAUUCGCAUUGACCCAUCUGUGGACAGCACAGGGGGUGUGUAUGGGCCUUCAGAUGCAUACAGUGAUACCGUAAACUUGGGAGAGAAGUUGCAGCAUCAGACAGGAGGGAGAGGAGGGAGGAGACACACCUGUAACCAGUGCUCCAUGUCCUUCCCUGAUUCGGCCUCACUAAAGGCCCACAAGCAGACACACAAAGGCAUAGGACAAGUGCCACCGUACUCCUGCACGCAGUGCGGAAAGACCUUCACUCAAGCGUGUAACCUCAAAGUCCACCAGAGGAUUCACUCGGGACAGGGGCUCCACCUAUGCAGCCACUGUGGUAAAGGCUUCCCUUCUUUCUCUGACCUAAAGACACACAAGUGUGGCCAAACAGGUGACAAACCUUAUUGCUGCACUGUAUGUGGGAACAAGUUCAGCCGUCUCUGGAAUCUGAAGUUGCACCGGAGAAUUCACACACAGGAAAAACCUCAUCAGUGUACCAUGUGUGAUAAGAGCUUCACACGAGCUGACAUAUUGAAAGUUCACCAGCGCACCCACACAGGGGAACGACCAUAUUGUUGCACUGUGUGUGGCCUCAGCUUCAAACGCCUGGAUCAUCUGAAAUCACAUCAACGCAAACACAUAUAAAGCUUGGGAAGUUUAAGGGGAGAGCAUCUGAGAAUUUAAGAUUGUUUAUUGUAUGAAAAGAUUUAAACAUGAAUGUUGUUACUCAUAAGCCAUGGAUGUUUUUUUUCUUCUCUUCAAUACCUUUGAUUUUAUUAAAACACUAUAUAGGACAAAGAUAGAAUAUAUGUUUCUUGUCUUUGAUGAAUUAUGUCUUACUUGUACCCAUUUAUUGCUACAUAUUUUGUUACUGCAAAAAUGACUAAGUAAAAAAGACGUCUGUUAAUGGUUUCUCAGUAUAUAUGGUUCGAAUGGUGUUUGACAUUUUCUUGCAAAGGGCAGAUAGGGAGAAUCAUAAGAGAUGCAAAUUAAGAAAAGAGGCCAAGCCAGCACUGAGCCCUCCUGUUGCAGAUGAGAGGUGUGACAUUAAAGACACAUCAGGGUAGCAUGAUCAAAGGUUUGGGAGAUAACAAGGGAAAUCUUUGUAGGGUCGUUAAAUUAGAGACUUCUCUUGAUGACAUUGCAGUGGUUUCUCUUUUUUUCAGUACAGAGUUGAUCAGAAACCCAACUUUGUUAUGAGAUGGAUAGGAGGUGGUUGAAAGGAGACAAUGCAGUUUGGAUAGAAGCCAGAGGAUGUCAGAGAAGUAUCUUUGUAUCUAAUUGGCCCUCAUCUCAGAAGAAGGAUCAAUUAGGUGUCAGACACUUUUUGCUGAAAGAGGAGAAGAGGGAGAUCAAGGAAAUGAAAAAGGAACAUACCUGUGGUGAGAAACAUCCUAGAAUUCAGAGUGGGUUAACCAGUAAACAUAAAACUUACUUUUGCUGUUUGGAAUCUUACCAAACGCAAUAACUGGUAAGCUAAAUGCAUUUGAUGAAUUUAUCCAAGGGGGAUAAUAAAAUACAACAUUUUUACAUACAUUGGUGGAAAUAAGUCUUCAACACAUCAACAUUUUUUCAUUAAACAUAUUUCCAGUGCAGUUAUUCACAUAGAAUUUACACCAGACAUUGAUAUUUGACAUUGAUAUACUUACUGAUAUAGAUCUAUUUGGAGACCAAUAACCAGGAAAUCAAAUAUUUAGAUAAAAGUCAUCAGUAAGCAUCACAUAAUGUGUGUUUCUUAGUCUGGUGGAAGGAUUUUUCAGUCAAAGUUGGAACCACAAAGAUAUGAUGGGUUUUAGUGUGAUUUGCCAUGCCCGCCCCAUUGACUCCCAUAGAACUGACACUGAGGUUUGGCUUCUCAAACGCUGUCACUGAAAUCAUGAUCUUUCCUCCUUUUAUAUUUUCCUUGGUGGAUGGCAACAGAUUCUUCUCAAGAAAUUCCUAGUACAUGACUCCAUCUUAAUAUUUGCAGGAAAGUUAGAUUUCUGUGUCUCCUGGCCACAUUAUGGGCAACAGUGUGGCAUGUCAUGUUUGGAGAAGAAAUGCUUCUGCAUCUGACCUUAAAAAUACCACACCUAUAGUGAAGUUUGGAGGUGGAAGCAUCAUGGUAUGGGGCUGUUUCUCUUCUCCUGGUACCAGAGACCAAACUAUCAAAGGGAUGUUGAGUGGAGCCAUGUAGCGGAAAAUUCUUGAGAAGAAUCUGUUGCCAUCCACCAGGACAGUGAGGUUGAGAUGCAGGUGGACCUUCCAGCAGGACAAAGAUCCAAAACAUACAGCAAAGAAGACUCUCAGCUGGUUCCAGACAAAGAAAAUAAAGGUGUUUGAAUGGCCCAGUCAAUCAGCAGUCUUAAACCUGAUAGAACAUUUGUGGAAGAAGCUGAAGCUCAAGAUUCACCAGCAGUUCCUCCAGAGUCCUUUAGAUUUAAAGACUGUCUGAACAAUGUUCCCCAGUCUAAACACUGUGAGAGAUUAAUUUCUUCAUACAGGGACCAUCUUAAUAAGCUGCAUUGCAAACAAAAGCUCCUCCAACAAAUAUUAAAUAGAUUGUUUAAUACUUUUUCCCGGUGUUUUUCCACUUUAUUGCACCUCGCUUUCUUAAUGGAUUGUAAUGUUAUGAUUUCUUUAUUUUUUAUAGUUUUACUGAGUGAAUAUCAAUGUCUGAUGUAAAUGUCAUGAAAAUAGCUGCUUUGGAAAUGUAUUAAAUGAAAAAAAUGUUGA